AUGCGAGCUAGUCCCCAACUAUAUAUACAAACGAGCGACUGCGUUUGGAGUGACGUGCUACUGGUUAUCCGUGCUGUUGUGGUCUUUCCUACGAUGGUUGCUGCCGCUCCGUCUGCGUCGAAGGCUUCAAAAGUUGUGAAGGCCUCGGCUUCCCAUCCUCCAUUCGCUAAGAUGAUAAUUGAGGCGAUUGUCGCCUUAAAGGAGAAAGGUGGUUCCAGUCGGCAAGCCAUUCUGAAGUACAUUAAGUCACAUUACAAGGUGGAUGAGAGGGUCGCCGAAGUUAACGUUCGGAGGGUUCUGGUGUCCGCUACCGCCUCCGGCAAGCUGAUCCGCGUGAAAGGAGCUGGAGCUAGCGGCUCUUUUAAGGUUGCCUAUAAGGCUGAGAAGGCGCCUGUGUCGUCGAAUGAGAAGAAACCUAAGAAAGCAGUUCCUCCGAAGUCUAAGGGUGCUGCGGGUACGACCAAGAAGCCUGUUGUUGCACCUUCGCCAAAAGCG